AUGGGUGCUCAUAAAACAAGAACAACUUCUUACCACCCACAACCUGAUGGAAUGGUAGAACGAUUUAAUCAGACAUUGGAGAGGUACCUAGCAAAAGUUGUGGAAAAUCGGCAACAGGACUGGGACAAGCACAACCAACCGUUUUUGUUGUCAUAUCGAAGCGCUGUUCACGAAAGUACAUCAGUGACACCAGCUUUUGCAAACUUUGGAAGAGAGUUACGUCUGCCUGCAGACCUGAUCACCGGAAUACCACCUGAUUCCCUACGAUAUAUAACGGAUAAUGGAAAUGACUUGCGAAACAAAAUGAAUGACAUUUAUGAGCACGUCAGACAAUCGGGCCACCAAAUGUCUGAAUAG